AUGAAGACGAUAAAUCAGAACCAGACCGUCAAAAUUCCAGAUGGAAUUUCGAUUUCCGUGAAAUCGAGAAAAGUAAUAGUCAAGGGACCCCGUGGCACCCUAAGACGAAAUUUCACUCACAUGGCUGUAGAUAUCAGGAAGGUAAAUGCCAAAGAAAUUAUGGUCGAAAAGUGGUUUGGUAUCAGAAAGGAGUUGGCAGCUGUUAAGACAGUUUGUUCCCACAUCGAGAACAUGAUCAAAGGAGUUACUAAAGGAUUCAGAUACAAGAUGAGGUCUGUCUAUGCUCAUUUCCCCAUCAACGUUUCCAUUUCUGAAAACAACUCCCUCGUCGAGAUUAGAAACUUUUUAGGUGAAAAGAUCAACAGGCAAGUUAAAAUGUUGCCUGGAGUUACCUGUGUAGCCUCAAAAGACAUGAAAGAUGAGUUUAUACUCGAUGGUAACGACAUAGAAUUGGUUUCCAGAUCAGCUGCCCUGAUCCAACAGUCGACAACGGUUAAGAACAAGGACAUCCGAAAGUUCUUGGAUGGUAUCUACGUCAGUGAGAAGGGCACAGUGGUUCAAGAAAAUUAA